AUGGCCAGUGCCACCAAGAAGCGCGUGUCAUACUUCUACCACCCCGAAGAAGGCCACUUCUAUUAUGGCCCGGGCCACCCCAUGAAGCCCCACCGCAUGAAACUGGCCCACCACCUCGUGGUCAAUUACGAUCUGUACCGCAAGAUGGACAUCUUCGAGCCUCACAUCGCGUCGGCCGAGGAGAUCAAGGCCUUCCACGCUCCAGACUACAUCGACUUUUUGCAGAGAAUCAGUCCCAGUAACCAGAAGGAUCUGACCUCUGAAUUGCAAAAGUACAACUUGGGCGAGCUGACGGACUGCCCCGUGUUCGACGGAAUCUUCGAUUUCUGUCAGAUUUAUUCUGGAGGCACAUUAGACGCUGUGAGUCGCCUGAACCACGGACAGUGCGACAUCGCUAUUAACUGGGCGGGAGGACUGCAUCAUGCCAAGAAGUUGGAGGGCUCGGGAUUCUGCUACGUGAACGACAUCGUGCUGGGCAUUCUGGAGCUGCUGAAGUACCAUCCACGCGUGCUGUACAUUGAUAUUGACGUGCAUCAUGGAGACGGAGUGGAGGAAGCCUUCUACGUCACCGACCGCGUCAUGACGGUGUCGUUCCACAAGUACGGAGACUUUUUCCCGGGCACAGGAGACAUCAAAGAUAUUGGCACCAAGAACGGCAAAUACUAUGCGGUUAACUUCCCACUGCUGAGCGGUAUGACCGACGAGAGCUACGAGAGCGUGUUUAAACCAGUGAUCCAGAAGGUUAUGGAGACGUUCUGCCCCUCAGCUGUGGUGCUGCAGUGUGGCGCCGACUCGCUCACAGGCGACCGACUGGGUUGCUUCAACGUCACUACACGAGGUCACGGUGAAUGCGUCAAGUUCGUGAAAAGCUUCGGUCUGCCGAUGCUCGUGCUAGGAGGAGGAGGCUACACAAUCCGAAAUGUAUCGAGAGCAUGGGCCUACGAGACGUCGAUUCUGCUGGACGAAGAAGUGUCCAACAACAUUCCGUACAACGACUACUUUGAGUUCUACGCACCGAAUUUCAAGCUGCAUCUGGAACCCGAUCCAGAUCUAGAAAACGCCAAUUCCAGGGAAUAUCUGGACGAGUGCAAGUAUAAAAUCUUUGAGAAUCUUCGUGCUCUAACUGGAGCCCCGAGUGUUCAGAUGAGUCAAGCACCUCCCACGCACAUGUUACGGGAAGAGGACGAAGACGCAGCAGACCCUGACGCACGAACCGACAAUGACGGCAAGCGACAGCACGAGGCGGAAUUCUAUAGAGACGACAAGGACCAGCGCGGGAAUGCAGACGACGUAGCAGAUGCCAGCGUCAGUGCAGCCAACGGUUCUACUCAGGAGGAAGGAAAGGACAACACGGCGCCGGACGUCAUCCCGAUGGAUGUGGUCUAG